AUGUCCGGCCCCGAAGUACAUCACCUUUUCCACCACCCUAUCGCAGAUCACUCCUUUUCAGCCGACAGGCAGACACUGGCUGUUGCGAGAGAUAACAAUGUUGAACUAUACCACCGGUCAGGGUCUAAGUUUACCUUGAAGGAUGAGCUGAAAGGACACGACAAGACGGUUACUGGUGUGGAUAUUGCUCCUCGAAGUGGCAUGAUUGUGACCUGUUCACAAGAUCGAAAUGCCUAUGUAUGGGAACCGUCACCUUCGGGCUGGAAACCAACUCUCGUCCUCCUGCGCAUCAACAGAGCGGCGACCUUUGUCCGUUGGUCACCUUCGGAGAAGAAGUUUGCUGUUGGAUCUGGUGCCAGAGUCAUUGCCGUCUGCUAUUUCGAGGAAGAGAAUGACUGGUGGGUAUCAAAACAUUUGAAGAAGCCAAUCCGAAGUACGGUCACAUCUUUAGCAUGGCAUUCCAACUCGGUGUUGAUUGCAGCUGGUUCAACGGAUUCGCAUGCAAGAGUUUUCUCGGGCUAUAUUAAAGGUAUUGAUGCAAGACCAGAAAGCAGCGUAUGGGGCGAGAAAUUACCUUUCAACACAGUCUGUGGAGAGUAUCUAAAUGACUCAGCCGGAUGGAUACAUGAUGUGGCAUUUUCGCCCAGUGGUGAUGCUCUUGCCUUUGCUGCCCAUGAUAGCAGCAUUACCGUGGUCUAUCCGAGUGCACCAGAGCAACCUCCAAAGGCGAUGAUCAAUGUUAGCACUCAGAUGCUGCCAUUCACGUCCCUCGUCUGGAAUGGCGAAUCUGAGAUUGUUGCAGCGGGCCAUGAUUGCGAACCAUACCGCUUUCGAGGCAGCCAGAACGGCUGGGAGUUUGCAGGCUCAGUCGAGGCAAAAUCUCGUCCUGGUAUGGGGAACGCUCGUGAGGAAUCUGCUCUCAACAUGUUCCGCCAGAUGGAUCUCAAGGGGAAGACAAAGGAUGACACUCAAUUGAAGACAACACACCAGAAUACCAUCAGCACAAUACGUGCAUAUGAUGAAAGUGAUGGUGCUCUGCGACAGUUCAGCACCAGCGGUGUUGAUGGCAGGGUCGUUAUAUGGAAUGCCUAG